UAUCAGCGUGGCUGCAGUUGUGAGUAGGCCUACAAUUAUGGAGGAAACGGGUUUAGAAGCUUCGAAGAAAGCUAAAAAAGCGGAUUCAUCUCAUGCUGCCUCAGAUGGUGGUGUGCAAUUUUAUCAACAACCUCUUAAAAAUCUACGUGCAGACAGUGAACUAGAAAAGAAUGUGGCCAAUAUAGAAAAGCAUAUUGACGAAGUUUCAGCCCCUACUUUACAAGACGACCAAAUGCGAUGGCUAGUGAUUGGGAUAUGUUUACACAGUAUUAUAUCGCCUGCUCUGAGAAAAUGUAUUCCAAAAGCCAUGCAGAGUCUCUAUACCAGCUUAAAGCAGCUUUCCAACAUUGAAAAACAGACCUUUCGAACGCAUCUAAAGAGAUACGCUCCCACAAACAAAACACUGAACUAUACAGCAAUCAACUGCAAUCUUCGACAUAAAGGCUGUGAACAGUUUUAUGACUACAAUGUGCACGAUGAAGUGGAACUGUCAAAGCUGUUUUUGCCUACUUAUAUGGCGCUAUACACUGGGUUCGAUGAUACAUGUGAUUCUUCUGCUCUGCUUGGUAUCAUUAUAAAUGUUGACAUAUUUCCUGCUCCUUUACGUACUGCCGCAGAAGAGAUUCGUAAAGACGUCCGUAACCCGUGGGCUCAUUGCAACUUUUCGGAAUGGGAUAUUCCAAAAUUUCAGAAGUGUUUUGUUUUGAUGGAACAGAUGUUAAAAUGCCUUAGCCUGCCUGUACAAGAAGAGACCUUGUAUCUACAACAGCUUCAAACUUGGCAGGCAAACGCCUUACAUGUUCUACAUGGCACACUUGGUUUCGAAUUCUUAAGAACUUUAAGUACGGAAACAUCUCUACUGGCCCGGUAUUGUCGUUCGUCAAAUGCAGUGUCAGACCUUAAUUUCAGAGAUAUUCAUGAUGCGCUAAAACACAUUAAUUGCAUAUUAGGGCCUUUGAAAGAAAGGGUUCACGGAUUAGAAACAGAAAACAAAGAUAUAAAAAGAGAACAAUCAACAUACAAAGAUACGAUAAACAAUAUUACUGCAGAACUUGAAAAUGCAAAACAAAAACUUGAUAACUUGACCUCUACAAACCGAGAAUCGAGCAGAGAGGUACGCCUCUUCAAUCCUCCGAGUAGAAUAAAACACUUUGUCGGACACGAAACCGAACUCCAACUAUUAAAACAUAAAUUCAUUGAAAAUGACAGGAGCAUAUGCACAUUAGCGAUAUGUGGCCUUGGUGGGAUAGGAAAAACAUCUCUAGCCAGUGAAUUUUGCUACCAGUAUCGCGAACAGUAUCCUGGUGGCGUAUUCUGGAUUGCAGCCGAGGAUAACGUCUCUCUACUGGAAUCUUUCCAUCGGUUAUCUGCACGAAUUGGCGUUGGCGAUGCCAAUUUGACUGAUAUAAUGACAAGCAUUUUGUACUGGUUGUCCUCGAGGUCGCAGAAAUGGCUGUUAGUCAUUGAUAAUUUAGACAGCGAGGAUUUAGACUCGACCAUGUCAGAGCUGCUGUUUGGGGACUGGAAACAUGACAUUUGUGGAAAUAUUCUUAUCACUACUAGGAGAGAGGGAAUCAGUGCUGAGGAAGUACUAAAGGUAGAUUCUUAUAUUAGUCUACGGCAACUUUCAGUAAGGGAGUCUGUACGUUACAUGAAAGAACGCACAGGUUACAGUACUGAUGAUUCAGAACAUGAUGAUAAAAUUAAAUCACUUGUCAAUGAACUACAUGGAUUGCCACUUGCUUUGGAACAGGCCGCUGCACACAUCAAAGUAUUGCAGUGUUCUUUCCAAGAAUACGUGGAAGGCUAUAAAACAAAACGUUUGAAAAUGCUAAAAGCAAUGGAAAAAUGUGCACCAUAUAACACCUCGGCUGAACGACUAGCAGUUCAAACAACCUGGAAUAUGAAUUUCAAAUACAUAGCUGACUCUUCCAAGGCAGAAGGAGUAGAUGCUGUUACUGUUAUGGAGAUGUUCGCAUUACUUCCACACUCAGAAAUAAUACCAGAGAUACAUCAAUUUCUAUCAUCAUUUGAAUCUAGUAAGCUUAAAUAUAGACAAGAAAUAGAGAUUUUGGCAAGAUUUUCCAUUGUUAAUAGGGAUCACACAGAGACUCUUCAAAUGCAUCGACUUGUGAAGCAGGCAAUAGAAGAAAAUAUGAGUGAAGACAGAAAGCUUGGUCACCUAAAGCUGAUGAAUAGACAAUUAAUCCCGAAACUCGAAGGACAAAGUUUAAGCGAACCUUUAAGUAGCUCAAAAGUUGUGGUCCAUGACUUGAACAUCGAAAUCGCAAAUGAGAAGAGAAUGCUAGCAUACAUUAACGGUAGACUGGUCAGGAGGUAUGAACUGAAAAAGAAAUAUGAACUAUUGUUAAACAAAGAUUUGAACAUGAACAACUACAAAAUACGCUUCAAGAUAAAUGGUGUGCUCCAUUAAUAGUUGUAACAUACCGCUUUAUUUUGAUGGCUUCAAGCAAAUCAUGAGGAGACGACCGUCAGAGAAUCCACUGUGAGGGACAGGGUGUUGGCCUCACUAAUAUUUAGAUCGCCAUGAUGAAAGUAUGUUAAGCCACUGGAUAUACCCUCGUCGUUGGAACUAUGUAAACGAUUCUAAGCAAACUCCAUACUAUUUUAUUUCUUAUCAGAACUGCAUAAAACAGUUAAACAGUUGUUUUUUUUAUUGCUUGCAAUUGUCAGCCAACUGGUACUAAAAGUUUCAACGAAAUACG